AUGCAAUGUGAAGCAUUGAAUUAUAGUUUUAUUAUACGUACAGUUGUUGGUGAUCCGGAUGGUUACAAACGGCCUGUUAUAACAGUACAUGCUGCCAAUAGUACAAUACCAAAAUGGAAUUGUCAACGACCGUUUCCUGCACCAUUAAUACGCGCCCGAAAUGGUGAAUUACUUCAAAUAGAAUUUAAAAAUAUGUUACGUGAUCAAUCAAGAUCGAUUCAUUUUCAUGGUUUGCAUAUGUUCAACAAUCCAUGGAUGGAUGGUGUCGACAUGAUUACACAAUGUCCAAUACAUGUUGGUGUAACAUUUAUCUACGAAUUUAAUUUGACACAAACUGGUGAACAAGAUCUUAUACAUGAACAAUAUUCAUACGAUGAAAAUUCUGAUUAUCCUAUUAUAUUACAAGAAUGGUAUCAUGAAUCAUGGCAAGAUAUUAUGACAGGUUAUCAAAGUUUCUUCAAUUCAUCGAAAGAAUUCAAGCCUCGCUAUUCAUGGCCACCAACAUCCUUACUCAUUAAUGGACAUGGUCGUUUCGACUGUCAUACGACGAAUUGCAAGAAAGCGAGUCGUUCGAACUUUUCGGAACCAACAAAAUGCAAUGAGACGAUCCAAUGUAUUCCAUUACGAGAAUCAUAUUUUGGUGAAUGUCAAUCAGAUAGACAUGAUCUUGAUGAAUUCCAUUGUCACAAUGGAAAAUAUGGUCGGCUAAGAUUAAUCAAUGCUGCAAGUAGCAGUCCAUUAAGAUUUUGGAUCGAUCAACAUCCGCUUUUAAUCGUUGCUCGUGAUAGUUUACCUGUUAAGCCCUAUGAAAAAUUGUACAUUGCAAUAGCUGUUGGUCAAUGUCUUGAUGUUAUUGUUCGAUGUAAUCAAAAUCCAAAAUUUAAAUAUCAUAUGUUCGUAGCAUUACCAGAAAAUUUCAUUGUUGGUGUUAAUCCUGAUAAUUGGAUGAAUGCACUUUUUGUCUAUCCAAAUUCAACAGUGAUUAGUCCACCACAAUUACCUCCACAAGCAAAUUUCAAUGAUGAUGUUUUAUUCGAAUAUAAGCAUUUAAAACCAUUAAAUGCAGAGAAUUAUAAAAGUCAACCAGCAAUAAAACGAUUGACAUAUAAAUUUUCUGUUAUAUUUAAUACGUCGGAAGAAGCUACUCUCGAAGAAUGGCAAAUCAAUGAUAAAACAUUAGUUUCACCAUCAUAUGCACCUCUAUUGCAAUCGAUUUACUUUGAUGAAAAUGCGGGGGUGUAA